CUUUUCUUGUUCCAUCUAAAAUGUCAUCGUUAUUCAAUGUAACAUUACCUAUCAAGGAAGACCUUCCAGCAGGAGCAGAUCCUUAUGAAGAGUUUGACUUUGUUCCUUAUUUUCAAGAAGUAAAGAGUGAAGAAGAACUAAGAAAUACUUGGAGGGUGUUUACCAAAGUAAAGGAUGUACUCGACAACGGAAGAAGACUGGAAAACGCCAGUUGGAGAUUAUGGUUUCGUGAAAGAAACAAAGCUCAAGAAGCCGGAGUUGAUGCUUCACAACUAUCGGAACUUGAACAAUAUGAACUCAACGUAAGCGAAUCACUGAAAAAGGCAGAGGCUGAAACUGAAAGAAUGGUGGGAGAUAUAUUCGGUCCUGAAAGUAUGACUAUGGAAGCAGAGACAAGACGUGCUCUACAAAGACAAGAGGCAGAAAGAGUUCGAAAGUUGUUGGAGCUUGGAGAAAAGUUUGAAUGGAACACGCAACAAAUCAACGCGGUUCUUCAGUGGGUUCGAGACGAUGUUUUAGCUUCAGAAGAAGUAAAGACUCCUUCUUAUGAGUUGAUUCCCUCGUCAUAUGAAGAAGCUAUGCAACUGAUUCAAUCGUCUGGUCUCAUGUUGCGCAAGAAAUGUGCUGCUUUUGCACAUUCGUUUGAAAGAAAUGGUGCCAAUAACUUUUUACUCUAUUUGGUUCGAGAAUUGAGAGGAAUUCUGGAGUUUUCUGUAUAUUCACCUAAAAAAGGUCCCAUGUGGGAAGACUUUCAAUCUAUUGGUGCAGAACCAUAUCCUUUUGAUCCUCAAGACCAAAAGGCACUUGAGGAAAUAUUAUCCAAAUAUGACUGUUGCUUAGCAAAUACGAUUAUGCAAGCACCCGUUAUUUUAGUUGCGUCACAUAUUCAGUUGAGAAAUGUCUGGGUUAUUCAUGAAGCUUGGCCAAAGGAUCAAAUCGAAUACUACUGCAAAGAAGUAUUUUUAAUGAAACAUUUAGAUGCAACGGUUAUCACUCAAGCAUUUGGCAAAGCUGAUAGAAUAGUAUUUCCAGCAAAGGUUCAGGAGAAUUGCUACCAAGGUCUUUUUGAACCAUCCAAAGCAAGUGUCAUUUAUAAUGGUAUUCCUUUAACUGCAAUCAAUGCCUUUCGUGCCACGCAAUCUAGAAAUAGAACUCGUUCUGAACUUGGAUUUUCAGCCAACGAUAUUGUAUUGCUUCAUAUGGGAACUGUUUGCAAGAGGAAAGGACAGUUGAUUACAGCAAAAGCCUUUUCAUUAUUGAAGAAUGAUCCAGAGAUUCAAGCUAUGAAACGGGGUUUGAAGCUUUUAAUGGUUGGUGCACGAUAUAUUCGACAACAUGAGAUUGAAUAUAUUGAUGCUAUUAAGAAGGAGUUGGAGGGCAGUGGUUCUAUGGAAUAUGUACGAAUAUUGGAUGUACAGAAGAAUGUUCUUCCAUUCUAUCAUGCCGCAGAUAUUGUAUUAUGUCCUUCUUUAAAUGAAGUUCUUCCUUUAGUUAUCUGUGAAGCGAUGGCCUUUGAGAAGCCUGUCAUUGCUACAAGUAUCGAUGGAAUUCCAGAAGCUGUUACAGAUAGUGAAGAAGGCUUUCUCAUUCCACCGGGAGAUGAAAAAGCAUUAUAUUUGGCUUUGAAAAAGUUGUUAUUGGAACCUAACUUGAUAACAACUAUGGGAAAGAAAGGAAGAGAAAGGGUUCUGCGUCAAUUUUCGUUUAGAACCAUGUCUGAUAAGUAUCGAGCAUUAUUCAAAACAGCGUUGGAAGACAAUGCUUGAGGUUAUUUGUGUCUGACUUGCUUGUGUUUGGGAUUUUAUUUGUUUCCAUAAAGCCACGUUUUCAUUUGUUAUUUGUGUUGAAAUAUGUCGAUCAUGUGAA